AUGCAUACAAUCAUCGUUGCUUUUUUGUUUGUCACCACAGCAAGGGCAAACCUGCCAACGGAAGGAAGGUUACAAAAAUCUACUUAUGAUUACAUCAUUGUUGGUGGUGGUACCACAGGUCUAGUUGUUGCGAACAGGCUCAGCGAAGAUUCCAAAAAAAGUGUGCUCGUUAUCGAAAACGGCGAUCUGAACAAUGGCACUCUAUCCAGCAUCCCAGGUAACUCAGGAGCACUGAACACGGCCGCCAUGUACGACAUACAAAGCGCCCCUGUUCCACUCCUCGGCAACCAGACUUUCUUGGUAACAGUCAGCAAUGUAGUUGGUGGUGGUUCAUACGUCAAUGGGAUGCAAUGGGAUCGUGGAGCCGACGCAGACUACGACGCGUGGGCAAAGCUUGGUAACAAGGGCUGGGAUUGGAAGGGCUUGCGGCCAUACUUCGAGAAAAGCAAUUCCUUCGAUCCUCCUUCCAAGAAUACUACGGAAGAGUUUGGCAUCUCAUAUGAUUCGAAGGCCUACGGCAACGGUCCCUUGAAGGUCUCGAUUCCAGAUUACCAAUUUCCAGACAUGAAAGAAAUUUACCAUUCCUGGGAUGAUGCCGACAUCCCUCAUCCGAGAGAGGGUUUUGCCCAGCCUGUAGGCGUAUACUGGUCACCAAAUUCAAUCAACAAGGCAUCGGCAACGCGUAGCACAUCUCGUUCGGCUUAUUAUGAUCCUAUUACGUCUCGUCAAAAUCUCAAAUUGAUGGCAAACACCCACGUGGAUGAGAUCGUAUUUGACAGAAACCGUGCUGGAGCUUUGACGGCUGUUGGUGUAAAGCUUACUCCAAACAGGGGGGGUAAAACAGUUCAGGUAUUCGCUCGAAAGGAAGUCAUCCUGGCAGCAGGUGGAGUCUUCACACCGCAUCUUCUUAUGUACUCCGGUAUCGGCCCAAAGAGCGUUCUCCAGGCUGCUGGUGUGGCAGUGAAGAAGGAUCUACCAGCGGUAGGGUCCAACUUUCAAGACCAUAUCGCUAACUACAUGAAUUUCGAUUUGCAAGGCCUAUCACCAGAGAACAUGGCAGCUUUGAACACCAACACUACAUUCAACCAAACGUCUUACGAAGAGUAUAUCAAAUACAAAACUGGCCCGUACUCGGUGGGCAAAUCUAACGGUCUCGUCUUCAUGGCGCUGCAACAUUUUCACGCUGGCUUCAAGCAGACUGUGUCCAAGAUCAAAUCCCAAGUCGCAACGGAAUUCCUACCAGAAAGAUACGCAGAAAAUUCGAAACUCUUAGAAGGCUUUAAAAAGCAACGCAGUAUCAUGGCUAACCAUUUUGCGGGUGUUAAAGCUGCAGUAGGUGAAAUCGUCAUUCAGCCAUGGGGGUUUUCCGGCAUCGCACACAACAAGCCCCUCUCACGCGGUACAAUCACUCUCAAUAACACGCAUCCCGCCGCAUAUCCCAUUGUGCAGUGGAACACCUUCCAGAACCCAGUUGAUGCGGAAAUUAUGGUUGCUUUGACUAGAUACAACCGCGCGCAUUGGGCAAGCAAGGGUCUGGCAAAGUUUAAGCCAGUCGAGACAUCUCCUGGUCCUCAGUACCAGACAGAUGAAGAAAUAAUCCAGGGCGGUGUGGCUUCAGGCUCGCUCCAGCCCUCAUUUGCUCAUCCGAGUGGAGGAUGUAGUAUGAUGCCUGAAAAGUAUGGUGGGUGUGUUAGUGAUCAAUUAUUGGUCUACGGCGUUCGACACCUCAGUGUGAUUGACGCAAGCAUCAUUCCCAUGAUCCCGGCUACCCACCUACAGGCGACAAUGUAUGCCAUCGCGGAGAAAGCCGCCGAUAUAAUCAAGAGCAGAGCCUAA